CGGGGAUGUCACCGCACCGGGCCGUAGCGAGGUGACGUCAGCGCGCCGGAAGGACGCGUGCGACGAACUUCCGGCGCGGACGACAUGGCGACAGAGGGAGGAGGAGGGAAGGAGAUGAGCGACAUAAAGACUCAGUUCUCGACGCGCGAGGGCACCUACCGCCUGCUCUCCCUCUCCGAGUACAGCCGCCCCAACCGCGUGCCCUUCAGCGCGCAGGGCUCCAACCCCGUCAAGGUGUCGUUCGUCAACGUGAACGACCAGUCCGGCAGCGGCGACCGCAUCUGCUUCAACGUGGGCCGCGAGCUCUACUUCUACAUCUACAAGGGCGUGCGCAAGGCCGUGGACCUGAACAAGCCGAUCGACAAGCGGAUCUACAAGGGCACCCAGCCCACGUGCCACGACGUGAACACGCUGACCGCGCGGCCCGAGAGCGUGGCGCUGCUCGUGGGCUUCUCUGCCGGGCAGGUGCAGCUCAUCGACCCCGUCAAGAAGGAGACGAGCAAGCUGUUCAACGAGGAGAGGCUGAUCGACAAGACGCGCGUGACGUGCCUCAAGUGGGUGCCCGGCAGCGAGAACCUGUUCGUGGUAUCGCACGCGAGCGGCAGCCUCUACCUGUACAACGAGGAGCUGGGCUGCGGCACCAGCGCGCCCUCCUACUCCGCCAUCAAGCAGGGCGACGGAUUCUGUGUCUACGCCUGCAAGAGCAAGUCGAGCCGCAAUCCGCUGCACCGGUGGGCCGUCGGCGAUGGCGCCCUCAACGAGUUCGCCUUCUCGCCCGACGGCAAGCACCUGGCGUGCGUGGGGCAGGACGGAUUCCUGCGCGUCUUCUCCUUCGAGGCCAUGGAGCUGCAGGGCGCCAUGCGCUCCUACUUCGGCGGGUUGCUGUGCGUCUGCUGGAGCCCCGACGGCAAGUACCUGGUGACGGGCGGCGAGGACGACCUGGUGAGCGUGUGGUCCUUCCUGGACGGCCGCGUGAUCGCGCGCGGCCACGGCCACAAGUCGUGGGUGAGCGUCGUGGCCUUCGACCCCUACACGACGAGCCUGGAGGACGGCGCCGACCCCACGGAGCUCAGCGGCAGCGACGAGGAGUUCCCCGAGCAGACGCCGCCCUUCGCCGCGUCGCAGGGCCGCUCGUGCGCCGCCGGGCGGGACCGCGCCAACAGCACGCUAUCGCGGCUGUCCCAGAGGGCGGACGGGCGGCCCGUGUCGGUGACGUACCGCUUCGGCUCCGUGGGGCAGGACACGCAGCUGUGCCUGUGGGACCUCACGGAGGACGUCCUCUUCCCGCACCAACCGCUGUCGCGUGCGCGCACGCAGACCAACAUCGUGACGGCCGCCAACUCGGGCGCCACGUCGCCCUCCGCCGCCGGCGCCACCGUAGUCGGCGGUGGCUCGUGCCCCCUGCCGCGAUCAAACUCCCUCCCGCACUCGGCCGUGGCCAACGCCAACAGCAAGGGCGGCGGCGGCGGCGGCGGCGGCGGCGCAGGGGGAGGGGGGAGGAGCAAGUUUGCGACGCUUACGCUGCACGACCGCAGCGGCAACGACAAGCGCAGCCUGGACAAGGAGCACAAGCGCAACCACAGCAUGGGGCACAUCUCAAGCAAGAGCGCCGAGCGCCUGCACGUGCUGUCCAAGAGCCAGCGCCCGGACUCGUCGCGCCUCCUCGGCACCCCGCCCUGCCCACGCAUGGACGAGGUGCCGCUGCUGGAGCCGCUGGUGUGCAAGAAGGUGGCGCACGAGAGGCUCACCGUGCUGGUCUUCCUGGAGGAGGCGGUGGUGAGCGCCUGCCAGGAGGGGUUCAUCUGCACGUGGGCGCGCCCCGGAAAGACGGGGCAGGCGGCGGCGCAGACGCAGGCCAACUCGCCCAGCGGGACGGUGGUAUAGCGGCGGCGCCGCCGCUCGCUCGCUCCCCGGAGCCGCGUGGAGCGCCGCUUGGAGCUGUGCGGAGCGGCGACGCACGCCGCGGCUUCUCGGUGGAGCCGCCGUGAGCACAGCGGCUCGCUCACUCGCUCAAUCGCUCGGUUGGCUGAUCGAUCGCCACCGCACAGGGUCGCCAUCCCCACCCCCCCCCCUUCACCCUGCUCCGGCACAGGCCCGGCUACCACCACCAUCACCGCCACACGCGAAUGCUCCAGUUAGCGGCCGUGGCAAGGGUGGGGGCGGGGGGAGCCGCGGCGCGGUGGGUGGGGGGGCUGCGGUACUGGGGAGGAGGGGGCCUCCUGGUGAAGGAAAUGAAGUCCCCAGCUGCUGCUGGUGCUGCUGCCGCCAUCGACUGAGACGUUUUUCCUGCGUUCAACCUUAACCCACCCCCCCCCCCCCGUCACCCCUUGAGCGACGUUUAAACCCUCGAUCCCCUUGAACUGCGCGGGGACGCUGCUGGCGGCUGCUGGAGUCGGCCCUGGCGGCGAGGGCAGCGCGGCCCCCUGUGCAGCAGUCGCAGAUUUUUUUGACUGCCCGCUCGGCGCGCCACUGCUGGCGUCUCCACCGCCGCUCCACAAGAACCUGUACCAUACUGUACACUGUACCAUACUGUACCUGUACCAUACUGUACCCUGUACCAUACUGUACAUGUGUAGUGUUGUUAUUUUUUGGCCUGGUCCCUCUGCCCCGCGCCGACGGCACACAUAUCACGGGGGGCGGCCUCCACGCGCCAGCUCGACCUGGAAGAGCGAGGGGAGAGAGUUUGUUUUUUUUGUUUCGCGAGGUGGGAAGAAGGUAUAUAAUAUAUAUAUUUUUAUGUAUUUUGUUCCGUGCGCGCGUUCGCACACGCAUCGAGGCUGUGUCGACGACGAGAAUGCGUUUGGGCCUGGAGGUCACGUUCGUAGCGAUCUCUCUCUCUCUCUCGCACGCGCGCGCUAGAGCGAGCAAGAGCGCAAAAGCGGUGAGCAAGCGGCGAGCGAGAGCGCGAGCGGUGGCCACUACCGCGAAAAAGGGGACUUUUCACCGUGGAUCCUCGUCCCGGCGACGAUCGGCGGAGGCCGCGGGAUCGCCAACACGCGGCGCACGGCCUCGCCGGAGGGGAGGGGGGGGUGGGAACUUGAUUUGCACAAACUGCUGCUGCCCCGGUGCCGAUCGUGUUUCCGCGCGGGCGGCGCCCGGGGUUGGCGGCGCUCGGCCCCCGAUGUUGCACACACCCCGCACAAGCGCUCGCGCCGCGGCGAAUCGCGGCGGGAGGUGCCGGGGAAAAAUCCGACCCCACCCUCCCAACAUGGGCCUCACCCACGCACAUUGCCUCACUCCCAACCCUUCCCAGCACUGAACCCUGGGCCACCGAGUGCCCCCACCCACUCAUCCAACCACCCACCCACUCCCCUGCUGCGCGCUCAGUUUCUGCAAAAUAAAACUUUGUACUCGGCGUCAGCGCGGGCCCUUGCUCCUUCUCGGACGAUGCCUGCAACUCGCCCGCCCUCUCACCAGGUCGACCACUCCACUCAUCUUCUGGUGUGUCAGUCAGAGUCGUGUAGCCCCACGCGUGGCGCUGCUGAGCAACGGUCGCCCCCUCCCCGAGAGCUCCCCGUCUCCGCAGCGUGGCACAGACGGGUGCUCGGAGUCCUUUGAUGGAGCUAUCGAUGUGGCCGUGGUUGUGGCUUGCACGGGAGAGGAGUGGGGAGGCUGCUGUUAAGGCGGCGCCUGCGUUGCUCCGCAAAUUUCUGGCGCCAGGCAACAUGAUGGUGCGGUGAUGUCUCAAUGGGGGGGGGGUGGGGGAGUCCCACUGUGCUCAAUGAAGGAAGCUUCACCGAGUGGAUAUUGUGAAUUCUGCCCGAGUGGUUUGUGGUUAAUCGGUUGAGAGGUCGAGUUAUUGCCGAGUGGGUUGGGAAGUUGGUGCUAAGUAACUUUAUUGAGUGGUUUGGUUUAUGUUGACGUGGGUAAAACCGAUUGGGCAAUACAUUUCCAUUUUUCGAUGGGAGGGUAACUGGUUCCACCAUAGAAACGUGGUUAGACCAAUAUAACUUGAACAAAACGAUCCAAAGGCGUUUCUGUCCGUGGUCAGGUUCCGAACGGCAAGGUCGUCAAACAUCACGGUGCAACAGGUAUAGAUAAUUUUUUUAAAAAUAAAAAACCUAAAACUCAGUGCGUGAGUUUUUGGUUUUAAUUAGAUUUGUAUUAUUUUCUAUCUACGUGACUUUACCAAAAGAACCAAAGAAUAUGAAUUCCUGCAGUCACGAAAGUUUUAAGUCAAAAUUUAAGCAUAGAGUAAACAAGGCUUGUAGAACGCAGCAUAGACAGUAUUUAGGUGCCAAACGGCACCGAGGUCAAAUUGUCACAAACAACAUGGACUUAACAUCUGCAGAGCAGCCAUUUCCAUGUGAAAGGAAAUCUGAGGUCCUGAAGUGAAUUGAUGUGGGACGAGGAUGGUUCAGGAUUUGAUCCCAGAUAUUUUCCCUUUGUUAUUCCAGAGAUUACGAUUUAAAUGCCUUCCGUUACACGGAAGGCAUUUAAAUCCGUUACACGGAAGGCAUUUAAUCGAGUUUGGGAGGGGGACUUAGAAGGAAUCAGGAACUUAUUUUUUUUAUUUUAGCAGGUAAUGCCCACUGAGCUAUACAGCUUGUUUGUGGAAGCGACGAAGGGACUUAUCAUGUGGACAUUUAUAGCAGCGUAAUACUCUAAACGCGUGUUUUAAAAUGUGGAGGGCAAAACCCGAAAAGCCGAAGAAAAAUCCACGCGACCACGAGGAGAGAGACACGCAAACUCCAAAUAUGCAGCAGGCGUCAGGGUCAGGUCACACCCACGACCUCCUGUGUACCAGAGCGAGGUAGUCAACAUCUUCUAGCAACCGUUGCGCCAUUUCCUGGGUGAAAUAAAAAAUGAUCCAGACGCUCCUUGGCAGGCUUAUUUUGUAAGCGCUUUUGAUGGUGAAGAUGGCCCAAUGCCAUUCCCUGCGCGGAUCAAUGGGGAGCUGAUUAGAGUUGAAAUAAAGUGAACGGUGAUGAUGGGUGCUGUGGGUGGACAUCAACGUCAACGCGGAGUGAUGCAAUUGAACCAGUUUUAGCGCUUAGCAACACCAGGUCUACAUAGCAUUACGAUGUCGUGUGGCGGGGAGUAUAGUGCCUAUAAUAUCAAAUCGUAGUCGGGGUGAAAUGCAAAGUUUGUACAGGAAGCCAUUUUUUUUUAAAACCUUUUUUGUGAUCGAUAUGUGCAGCAAACGAUGGCUUGUUGGUCGAGGAUGACACCUUGGUGUUGUUUAAACCUGUCCGCGUCGAGUUCAACUUGUUGACAGUCGAACGCCAUCAUUUUGGAAGUGGGGUGGGUGGGGGGAGUCAAUUAACCGCUUUCCAGAGGGCAUCAUUUUCGUCUUGCUGGCAUUAACAUCAAGUUCUAGAUAGUCUCUGAUGCAUGUGGAAUCGUAAGGUGAGUAUGCAUGUGGAGUGAUUAAGUGAGUUGGUUGGCCGAGUGAGCAGUUGUGGUUCGGCAAGUGGUUGUUGUUUUUUUUUACUGACUGACCGCUUGCUUUGUUGGCCGAGCGUGGCUGCUGCAUGUUUGUGAGCGGGUUUAAAAUAUAAAGUUUUUCUUCGUA